AUGAGUGAUAAAAAGGAAAGCCAGCCCUCAAGGGAUCCCACAAAUCCAGAUUUUGUGCCAACAGUCUUUUCUCACCGAGGUGUUCCUGAAAGCAUUCUGCAAGAAAAAGUUCAACGUCACCAGAGGCUGCUUGAAAGAAAAGAGAACAUUGCUAAAAACGAAUCCGCCCAAGUUCUUCUCUCCUUGAGCCAGGAAGAACCAUUAUGUGUCACGACUGGAACAUCCACCCAAACACCAGUGCAAUCUGUCUGCGAGAUGGCCGUACAAACUGAAAUCUCACUGCCAGUCAUGACAGGUCUGAUUGUGACAAACCAGUACCUGAAGAGUGUGUGCGACAAGACUGCUGAAACUUGUGCCGAGUUGAAACAAGAGCAGGAACUGUUACAGCGCAAGUGUGAAGAACACGUCAAAGACAUUGAAAUGUUAAAGGCCUCGUUACAAAGACUGGAAGAAGAAAACAAAUUUCUGAGGGAUGAUGUUGAGAAGAAGACACUUAGUUUCCAGAAUCUGAAAGGGGAUGAUCGACGCACCAAGUUCUACACUGGAUUCCCUAAUUUUGAAACUUUAAGAGCAGUGUUGAGUGUAACAUCUACAAAAGUGAAGAGGAGAAGGACAAAGUUACCAAAAGAAGAUGAACUGUUGCUGACCCUAGUGAAACUCAGGAGGAAUCUUGCAAUGACGGACUUGGCCUACAGAUUUAAUAUCAGCCAGUCUUCAGUGACAAACAUUUUCCAUGCAUGGCUAGAUGUCCUUUAUACUUCAUUAGGAGGACUUGUGAAGUGGCCUGGAACUGAAGAAUGCCAGUUACCAGAAGUGUUUCAAAACGAAGUCUUUAGAAAGGUAAAAUGUGUAAUUGACUGCACAGAGAUUUUUAUUGAACGACCAUCCAACCUCAAAGCCAGAGCUCAAACCUAUUCGAACUACAAAAGACACAACACAAUCAAGAUCUUAGUAGGAAUAAGUCCAUCCGGCUGUGUGACAUUUCUCUCAACCUGUUGGGGAGGCCGAGUGAGUGACCGACAGAUUACUUGUGAUUCUGGACUUUUGGACAAGUUAGUGCCUGGUGAUGUUGUGUUAGCAGACAGAGGUUUCAAUAUGUCGGAGGAUUUUGCCAUUAGAGGUGCCAAGUUGAUUGUACCUGCCUUCACCAAAGGCAAGAAGCAGUUAUCAAGGGAAGAGGUGGAGAAGUCCCGAAUGAUGUCUCGUGCUAGAAUCCACAUUGAAAGGGUCAUAGGAAGAUUAAAGGACUUUGAAAUUAUCAAAGGAACGUUGCCCAUCAAUCUAGUGAAGAGGAAAGUGGAUUCAGGUAUUACCUCUGGUGACAAACUAGUGCGUGUUGUGACAGCCAUUAUCAACACCAAUGGACCUAUUUUAUGA